GCGAUUUGGCAGGCGCUAGAGCAGACGGCGGACGGCCGGGGCAUUCUCAGCUGCGCUAUUCUCGCUGCCGCGCGCACGGCAGGCCUUCCUAACAUAUUGACAUCGAAAUUUGGCGCGAUGCCAAUGUCGUGUGUCGCGUACGGCUGCAGUUCACGUGACAGUCCCAGCAGGACAGUGCGGUUUUUCCGAUUUCCGUCGGUAAAACGAGAUCGACAGCGCCGUGAAGCCUGGAUUAGGGCUGUGAAGCGGCAAUAUGCGCAAGGGCGUCCAUGGCAGCCGUCAGCAGCAUCUCGACUCUGCGGGAAGCACUUUGUGACAGGGGCACCUUCACUGUCACCCAGACAUCCGGACUUCAUACCAACGCUGUUCGUGUAUACAGACCAGUUCAGAAAGAAGGACGCGGUCGACCGCCAUGUUCGUACCGCGGCGCGUUCCAAGAGGAAAACAGGCGCUCCACCAACAGCAGGUACAGAGGUUUCAGGUCAAGGAGGAACUUGUAAAGGUCACAGUGAUGGGGAACCAGACACGUCCUGUGUUCAGGGUGCAGACUCUUCAUUCGACGAGGAAGGAGCACCUGAUGCACUCUUGCUGCUUGCAACAUCCCCAAUGCUCACUGAGCCACAGGAGGUCCUAGGGCCAAUGCCCUUAAGCAGAGAGGAGAACACUGACCACCUAUUAACUGAAAAUGUGGCAUUACAACGGAAAGUCAGGGACCUAGAACUGCAAUGCAGAAAGCUAAAACGCUGCACGUUUUCUGUGGAUACUAUUCACAAAUCGUCUUUUAAGUUUUAUACAGGACUGCAAAGUAAGGAACAGUUUGAAGCACUCUUUAAGCACAUUGAAAAAAAUGCAGAACGCAUGGUUUAUUGGGAUGGAGGAAAAACACAAGCAAAGGAAAGACAGCUCUCCAAGCGCGAAGAACUUUUCAUGGUGCUGUAUAGGCUCAGGACUGGUGUUUGUGCCAAGGAAGUGGCUCGAAUCUUUGGAAUUUCUCAGUCAUGCCUUAGUCGCAUCUUUUGUACAUGGGUAAUUUUUCUUGAUAAAGAGCUCUCAGCAUUGACAAGGUUUCCCACAUUAGCAGAGAUCAAAAGGCACAUGCCAAUGGCAUUCAGUGACUUCUCAAACACUAGAGUCAUCCUUGAUUGCACAGAGGUGAGAAUCCAAAGACCUUCAAAACUACAGGCACAGAGGCAUACUUUCUCCUCGUACAAGCAUUAUAACACGUUCAAAGCACUUGUUGGGGUAACACCAGAUGGCUACGUUUCAUUUGUGCCAGAUUUGUGGGGUGGGCAUGUUAGUGAUAGCGAAGUUGUCGAAAAAUCGGGCCUACUGGGUUUAUUAGAUGCGGGGGACGGUGUGAUGGUCGACAAAGGCUUUAGGUUGGAGGGCGUUUUUCCACCAUCUAUUCAAAUCCACAUGCCACCAUUUAAAAUGGGGAACCAAUUGUCAGCUAGUGACGUGAUUGCCACCCGAAAAAUAGCUGGCGCUAGGAUCCAUGUUGAGCGAGUCAUAAGACGUAUCAAAGAAUUUCAUUUUUUAGACAAACCACUGCCAAUCAACAUGCUCGACAUUAUUGACAGCAUUUUUAGGACUUGCGCCUUUUUGUGCAAUUUUCUACAGCCAAUCAUUUCAAUCAAUAAUGAGAACAAGUAGCCAGCUCGCACAUCUCUACUUCAAAUGAGCCUCCUUUACCAUGCUUAUGACCAGAAGAGACCAGACUGCGUAACAACAGUGUACUCUCAUACUAUAUCACGUGUAAUUACGACGACGCUGUCUACUGUGCUACCUUCUGAGGAAAUUUGUAUUUUCCAUCCCUGAAUAAAUGAUACUGCUUUUUCAGUUAUCUUCCAUGUACACUGCACAUUUAUUUUGUUAUGUCUAUAGACGUAACGGCUAUAGUAAUCACCAAUGCUACACAAUUUGCUUAGGCCAUGCUAUUUCUUUUCAUUUUGCCAUAGAAAACAAAAUACUUCGAAACAGUUCAGCCGAGCUACGAGCCGAGUUUGAAGCUUUUAAGCGCACGGCAAACAACAGCACAUCACAGCAACCCAUACAAAUUGCGGACCACACUUCCAAAUCACCACCACAAACAUCACACAAAUUGCGGACCACACUUCCAAAUCACCACCACAAACAUCACUGCAACAAAGUACCGCCUCCAGCACUCAUUCGUUAACGCUGCAACAGUUAGCACAAAACAUGCAACUAAUGUUCGCAGAGCUACACAAACUCAAACGAAUGGUAGAAGAUGUGCAAACAAAAGCCGCAGCCGUCCCCCGAAAGAGGGUCAGUCAAAGUCCGGGAGCUCCUACCAGGACUCCGAAAGCUAUAGAGCACACUGAUAGCGACAGUAAUAUCCAUGGAUAAUAUGGCAAGCAACACAAAGAGCGGACACAUUGAAAUCUGGCAAUGGAAUUGCUGCACGCUACGCACUAAAUUGGCUAAUUUCACGCACUACAUAGAAUCGGCGCCAAUCCCUCCCGACGUUAUCUGUAUUCAGGAAAUAGGGAAACAAAAUCAAAAACUCAAAGGCUACGAGCUUUAUGCUCACCCUGACUACCCUCAAGUAGCCACCUUUGCCAAGAAGGAUGUCGCGAUUAGCGUAAAUUAUUUUUUCCGGGAACCUAUUCAGCACCAGAUAAUCACGAUUUGGCCGCAGAAAAGGGGCAAACCUAAAACAAUUAUUGUCAGCGUUUAUAGUUCUCCCAGAGAACAACAGGCGGAUUUUGGAAACGUGGUGGCCACCGCGGUGCGACUCGCUCAAGGUAGGGACAAAUUAAUAUUGUUAGGCGACUUUAACGCGCUACGGACUUUUUCAGCUAACUCAACCGGAUCUCCCAACGCGAAUCGGGAACAGCGUGUCCCAGGACACUUCCCCCGACCUCACGUUCACCAACAACGAAAGUGAGACGCGAUGGACGAACCUAGGUGAAAACCUAGGAAGUGAUCACUAUAUCUUAAGCAUAUCGGUUAAUGCAGCCAGGAUUCGAAGAGCUAUUGGCAAGGCAAGGCUAUCCGACUGGACCAAAUUUCGUGAAAAACAGAAAACAAUCGGCAGCAUAACAGACGUAGGAGAAUGGGCCGAGCAGAUCCGAGUUAUUCACUCUAGGGUCACCAAAACAAUUGAAACGACAACGGAGGCUCCAGCCGUGGAUCAUCACCUGUUGCAUCUCUGGGAAGCCCGGAGAGGCCUCACAAAAAGGUGGAAAAGGCAGAAGCUUAAUCGUAAACUCAGGAUACGGAUAGCUCAGCUAGCGCAGGAAGCUAACGAAUACGCACAAAAGCUAAGCGACAGCAAUUGGUGUCAGUUCAGCGACUCGCUUCGGGGCACGUUGACUACAAAGAAAACAUGGCGCAUUCUUCGAAGUAUGAUUGACCCGGGAGGAACAAAAACAGUCGCGAAUCGCACACUUAAGCUGCUUGAAAACGAGUUUGAAGGUCGGGAAGCUGACAUCAUAGACAAAAUUAAAGAGAUAUACGUAGGUACUGUACCGACCGGGCAAUCCACCAAACCCGUUUACGAAGGUCAGGACCAACCGGAACUGGACGCCCCCGUAACCUUUGAAGGUUUACGCAGCGGCACACUCCUUCAAGAAAAACACAACCCCAGGGGUAGAUCAGGUCACGAACGCAAUGAUUCGCAAUCUAAGUGAUGACACGCUAAAGAGCUUGACCAAAUUCUUUAACGACACGGUCUGGACAGAGGACGGCGUCCUUCCAAAAGAAUGGAAGGAAGCAAAAAUUAUUCUUAUUCCAAAACCAGGUAAGCCUCGUAACAUCAACAACCUUCGACCCAUCUCCCUAACGUCGUGCGCGGGGAAACUCUUUGAAAAGGUUGUGCAGGUCCGGCUCUCGAACCACAUAGAGCUAAACAACAUGUUCCCCUCCAACAUGUUCGGUUUCCGAGCCCACGUGUCAGCACAGGACAUUUUUCUACUACUAAAGCACGAGGUCCUGCACCCCAACAGAGGGUCGGAAGAUAAAUUUGUACUGGCAUUGGACAUCAAAAAGGCCUUCGACAGCAUCUCCCACCACGCUAUUCGCGGUGAACUGUGGAUCGCGAAUUUAUAACUACGUGCGCUCGUUCCUCAGCCACCGCACGGCCACAAUCGGAUUAGGCUCCACGAGGUCCGACACCUUCAACUGUCCCGACAGAGGUCCCCCCAGGGAGCUAUACUCUCUCCACUGCUAUUCAAUGUAGGGAUGAGAAAGCUAGCCCUGGAGCUAGAUAAGCACCCGAAUCUCGGUUGUGCGAUAUAUGCCGAUGAUAUCACGUUCUGGGCUCACCAGGGGUCCUACGGGGACAAGCAAGAAACCCUUCAAAAGGCCAUAGACGCAGUCGUGGAAUACGCGAGGGCGGCGGACAUGGCAUGCGCACCCGAAAAAUCGGAAUUCAUUCGGGUGCGUGCGAAGUACGCAAGAAAGAAGGACUGGGUGCCGCUCACUUUGACUCUCGACGGGGUGCCUAUUCGUGAAGUGGAGACACUCAGAAUAUUGGGGAUGUGGAUACAGCAGAAUGCUGGAACAUCUCACACCCUACAAAAACUAAAGGCGGUCACAGGAAACGUGGCCAGAAUGAUAAGGAGAGUGGCAAGAAGCAGAGACGGCCUAACUAAGGGAGAGACCAUCAGCCUGGUUCACGCAUUCGUAAUUAGCCGACUCACAUACGCCCUUCCGUAUCAGGCCAUUGUUUUGUCCCACCUCCUUGACAAUGACUUCAUUCUCUUUGUGGUGUACAUAUUGUUACGUAGGAAGACACCGACGAAAAGCUAUUUACAAGUAUAUUUACAAGGCAAUACGCCGCAGUUGACCAAGAGGCAACAGCCCGCGCUAGCUUCCAAUCGUCGUCUUCGUCUUCUUCCUGCGCGGCUCUUCGUCAGUGGGAAUACUACCCCGUAGCAUUACCCCCGGCGGCAAAAGCGCCGUCCCGGAGCGACUAAAGGCUGGACUCGGAAGCAGUGUAGUAGCUCUUGAGCCUACUGACGUGCACGACAUCACUGGACGCCAGAGUAGAUCACGAGGUUGAGCUCAGAGGAGCAAUUUCAUAAGUCACAGGCGUCACCUGGCGAAGCACGCGGUAGGGCCCUGUGUAUCGCGAAAGGAGCUUUUCGGAAAGUCCAACGUGACGACAGGGCGACCACAGGAGCACGAGUGCACCAGGCGAAAACUGUACGUCACGGUGGCGGGCGUUGUACUGACGCUGCUGCGUGGUUUGCGAGUCCGUCAGUCGAGCACGGGCAAGCUGGCGUGCAUGAUCGGCGAGGGCGAUGGCGUCGCGCGCAUACUCGGUUGUUGAGGUCGCAGCAGGAGGAAGUACCGUGUCAAGGGGCAAGGUCGGUUCGCGACCGUAGAGUAGAUAAAAUGGAGAAAAUCCGGCGGUGUCGUGCCGGGAAGAAUUGUAAGCAAAGGUGACGUAAGGAAGGGCAACGUCCCAGUCGUGGUGGUCCUUCGAAACGUACUUGGACAGCAUGUCGGUAAGGGUACGGUUUAAGCGCUCUGUCAGGCCAUUGGUUUGAGGAUGGUAUGAGGUAGUCAGCUUGUGUUGAAUAGAGCAGGAACGCACAAUGUCGGCGACAACUUUCGAGAGGAAGUUACGACCGCGGUCAGUAAGCAGCUGUCGCGGGGCGCCAUGCACUAAGAUAAUGUCAGGCAAGAGAAAGUCCGCGACGUCAGUGGCGCAACUGGUAGGUAGAGCCCGCGUGAUAGCGUAUCGGGUGGCGUAAUCAGUUGCGACGGCUACCCAUUUGUUCUCAGAGGAUGACGUGGGAAAGGGACCGAGGAGGUCUAAUCCAACACGAAAAAACGGUUCCACAGGGACGGCGAUCGGCUGGAGAUGACCGGAAGGUAGCACCUGAGGCGUUUUCCGACGCUGGCAGGGAUCACAGGCAGCAACAUAGCGUCGGACGGAGCGAGCAAGACCAGGCCAAUAGAAGCGGCGGCGGACGCGGUCGUACGUGCGGGUUACGCCAAGAUGUCCUGCAGUGGGUGCGUCAUGCAUCUGAAAGAGCACAGUCUGUCGUAGAUGUUGUGGCACGACAAGAAGAAGAUCAGGGCCGUCAGGGAGGAAGCUCCUUCGGUACAGAAUGCCGCCCUGGAGGACAUAUCGGCGAACGGAUGCGUCGGUAGGUGCAGAGCGCAGACGCUCGAUGAGUACUCGCAGCGAUAUGUCUCGAUAUGUCUCGGAGGCGGAGAGUACUGGCGGAGCAAUCGAUGAGAGCAGAAUGUGCGGAGAGGAAGUCGAGGCCGAGGAUGAUGUCGUGGGGACAGUGAGCGAUGACUGUGAAUAGCACGGUAGUGGAGCGAUCGGCGAAGGAGACGCGGGCGGUACACAUACCAAUUACGGGGGCUGUUCCGCCAUCGGCGACACGGACAACAGGCGUCGUGGCGGGCGUGAUUAUUUUCCUCAGCCGGUUACGAAGAUCCGCGCUCAUUACCGACAAAUGCGCCCCAGUGUCUAUGAGAGCUGAUACAGGAACACCGUCGACUUGCACGUCAAGAAGGUUCAGAUGGGUGGGCAACGUCAGGAGAGGAUUUGGCGGCGUAGGGAGCAAUGCAGCGUCACCUCGAGGCGCUGCAUCGUCUAGUUUUCCGGCUGGGAGCGGCGUCCGAAGAGAGUCGGCGAAUAGGAACGACGGGGCUGGGGAGAGCGAGAUUGUCGUCGUUGGGGCGAAGGCGAACGAGAAUAGGGUCGGUUCGGCGCAGGAGAAUCGGUGGCGGCAUUAUCUGAGCGGGCAGCAUAGGGACGAGAAAGGCCACCUGAGGGGCGAGAGUAGGCAGUAUAUGUAGACUGAAGAAGUAAAACGAAGGACACCGACCAACAUAGAAGUGCUAAAAAAUGAAAAAAUCUAAAAGACGUUUCGGCUUCGCUACGGAAGCCUUGUUCACAAUGGUAUGACGGA